AUGGAGGGAGAGGAGAAGGCCGGGGCAGUCAAACCGAUGUCGAGCCGUCUGACCGCCCUUCAAGAGCAGCUGAUCUGGGCCCUGCUGGAAUCUGGCCUGUCCCGGGACAUCCUGGUCCAAGCCAUGGGGGAGCUGGAGCAGGACAGACUGAGUGCUGGCACAGAGAGGGGAGAGAGGGCGGAUGGAGAGAGCUCCGAGGAGGGAGAAAUCGAUUUCCCACCACCCAUCUUCCGAGAGCUGGAGAAAUUUUCCCCAGAGGAGGCGGCCAAACUGAGGGCCGAAGUUGAGAGGCUACUGCAGGAAGACCCUUGGCAUGUUGCAAAAAUGGUGAAAAGCUACAUGCAGCAGCAUAACCUCCCUCAGCGAGAGGUGGUGGAGUCCACGGGGCUCAACCAGUCACACCUCUCUCAGCACCUCAACAAAGGUACACCCAUGAAGAACCAGAAAAGAGCUGCUCUGUACAGCUGGUAUGUCAAGAAGCAGUGCGAGAUCAAUCAUCAAUUUAACAAUGCCAAACACGGCCUUGCAUCUGUGGAGGAGCAAGGGGAGGACAUCAAGAAAGGACGGAGGAACAGGUUCAAGUGGGGUCCGGCAUCCCUGCAAAUCCUCUUCCAUGCCUACGAACGACAGAAGAACCCCAGUAAGGAGGAGAGAGAGGGGUUGGUGGAGGAGUGUAACAGAGCGGAGUGUCUCCAGAGGGGAGUGUCCCCUUCCCAGCUUGCUGGACUGGGCUCCAACCAGGUUACUGAAGUUCGGGUGUACAACUGGUUUGCCAACCGCCGCAAAGAGGAAGCCUUCCGUCACAAACUUGCCCUUGACACGCCUUUCACCAACCAAUCUGCCUCAUCCUCUAACCCCAACCUUCCACCAAGUCCCGAGCAUGGUGUGAAAUACAGCCAGCAAAUCCUAUGUGACGCCAUGAGCUCAGCCAGAGGUAGCGGAGGUGAGAGACUGGGACGUCUUGUGGUCAGCCCAGUCCAACUGGAGCCCAGUCACACACUCCUUGAGUCCCAUAACCCCAAGCCGGUGUCCAGUGGUGGCCCGCUGCCCCCAGUAAGCACUCUGACUUCCCUGCACAGUCUGUCUGCCUCCCCUGCAUCUUCUCAGGGCCUCAUCAUGGCGUCACUACCCAGUGUCAUGAGCCUGGGGGAGUCCUCACUUUUCAUUGGUUUAGCCUCCACACAGCCUCAGACUGUACCUGUCAUAAACAACAUGGGGAGUGGUUUCACCACUCUCCAGCCAAUCUCCUUCCAGCAGCAGCUUCACGGCGCUCCCCAGCAGCCAAUAUCACAGCAGCUACAGAGCCACAUGAGUGCCAGUCCUUUUAUGGCAACCAUGGCACAGCUACCAUGUCACAUGUACAACAAGUCAGAUUCGCCACAGUACCAUUCAUCCAGUUUGCUGUCUCAAGCCAUGGUCAUCACAGAUAGCAGCAGCCUGGGGACUCUGACUAGCCUCUCUGCUGUCAGACAGAUUCUUGCAGCAGAUACUGAAGAGCAGGAAGAUGGACCUUUACAGGAAGAUUCACUACACCUGCAGCCUCACACACCGGUGCCAGCUUCUUCCGAAAGCCUGGAGCUGUAUCCCGCCUCUCAGACAACAGAAAGUCAUCAGCCUCACCUCCUCUCACCUUCACCAACAGACAUCAGUUCUUACAUGCCUACACAAAUGGUCUCUACUGCGCAAUAGAAGUGCUCUGGCUGUUUAG